GCAGAUGAUAGUAGGUAUAAUAGUAAUAUCUUAAAGGAACAGAAUUAGUAGAAUUCGUUCUACAAGACUAUUCAUGUCAUCUACCACGGACAAAAUAUCCCAACACCCAUGCUGGCAACCCACGUGCUAUCUGUCUCAAGACCUCUCGACACGUUAUAUGCAUGCAGACCAACAGAGGAACAUAAGAGAAUGGCCGAGCGUAGGGCAUGCCAAGACGUCACUAGUGGUAGGAAGCCAAGAUCGACGGUGGCCACGCAGCUUCGGGUAUUAUCUGGCGGGGGGGGUUUCUCGAAGAUUGUCAAUCGAUUGGCUAGUAUUGCAUCCCCGGGUUAGUAGUGCACUUGAGUAUGGAGAAGGCACAGCGGGAAUGGGACGUAUCUCGCCUGAGCGACCAAAGCAGCACACUUCUGGAUCACGAAAGAUGAAGAUCACAGGAUUGCGGUGUGGUGGAAGUCAUUGGAGGGCAAUGGCGGUAAGUGAAACUGGGCUUGGCAAUGCUGGCACAUGAGAUAGCGCCGAUGUGGUUUGGGAAGCAGGAAGUUUUAGGUUUGUGUGCCAUACGGGCGCUUGGAAGGUUCAGUCAGGCUACAAGCUACAUAUGGGAGGAUACCCAAAUUUGCGACAGAACUUGGAUGCAGUGUCGAUAG